AUUCAUAAUGUACCUGCGAAAUAUCUUCAAAACUUUGAUGCUGCUAUGCUGCAUGCGUGCUAGCAGCACAGAGGAUACACCAUUUUGUAAUUUCGAGGACACAGUUGAUUUGACCUACGCUCAACGUUUUGCCAAUGGUUCCUAUUUGUAUGGCGAAGAUGUCAUAAUACCCCCAGAUCAAGUGGCCACCUAUGACUAUGAGAUAAUAUAUGAUGGAGAACAAAUACCGAGAGAAUCUCAUUUACGAGGAUGUGUUUGCAAGCCCGGCGCAAGGAAUUGUAUGAAAUUUUGUUGUCAUCCUACCAAAGAAACCAUUUGGAAUAAUACCCGAGAAUGCACCGAUUUGUAUGAGGUGCCCAAGUUUAAUCACAUCAUUAAGGUGAUUUCAGCGAAUGGAACACGACGACAGGUGGAUAUAACCAAAUCGUUCACCAUGGUUUUGGGCGUGCCCUGUGACAAUGCCUAUCCCUUGGAUCCCAACAUGAAUCUCCAUGAGCAAUGGGAUCUUUUGGAGAAUGGCUCGCUGUUGAUUUACUACAAUUUGCGUUUGUUGAGUAAACGAGACUUUUGCAUGAUGCCCGAACCAACGGUGGAAGGUGGAGAUGAGGGCGAAUGGAUUUUGAGCCCUAUGGUUUGCCCGAUUUCCAAACCGGUUUCGGUUUCAAGACUUUUUAAUAAUGUGGCUGAUGUCAUAUCGAUCACUUUCAUCAUUUUGACAAUUCUUGUGAUACUGGUGAAACCUGAGAAAUGUAAUCUGCAAGAGAACUGCCUGCUUAGCUUUUUAAUAUCAUUGGCCAUUGGCAAUAUUGUGUUGGCCUCAAUGUACAUUUCGGAUGCCCAAUUAUCAGGAUUUUGGUGCAGUUUUGUGGGUUUCUGCGGUUAUUUCUUUUCGGUGGUCUCAUAUUUCUGGUUGAAUGUCAUCUACUUCGAUUUGAUGAAGAGCAUUGUGAAUCGAGAAAAUCAUUUUCUAACAUAUUUGGGUUAUGGAUGGGGAAUUCCGGCAGCUCUUACCCUACUCUUAGUUUUGGUUCAGAAUUCGAAUUUGUUGGACUACUUGAAACCUGGAAUUGGAGAAGAUACCUGUUGGUUUGAUGCUUACAACUGGUCGGCGCUCUUCUAUUUCUAUGCCAUAAACAUAUGCCUGCUGUGUCUGAAUGUUGUCUGCUAUGUUAUAACAUUGCGUAAGAUGAGGACAAUACUUCAACAUCAACCCACAAGGAAGGAUGAUUUGGAAAAAAGUGCCGAUCAGUAUGGGCGUUUGCUUAUUCUUAUGGUCGUACUAAGCUGCUUCGAAACAAUAUCAAACAUUGAAAGUGUUCUAUAUCCCAAUAGGGAAAAUGUUUGGUACUUUGUAUCGGAUAUUGUGGAUGCCAUGGAGGGCCCCACGAUCUUUUGGAUAUUUGCAGUAAAGCCAGUGAUUGAAAUAAGAAGAACACGUUUUCAAGAGAACGGACCUUGCUAUGAUCCUCUGGAUGAGGGGAUUACUUUGGCAGAUGCUCCUGGAUUUAAAACAAUUGAAGAUAGCCCUCCCACCUAUGAUAGAUCUAUGCCGGCUAAUAAAGCUACUAAGUGUGGGUGCUGUGAGGAGCCUAUCAAUAAGUCUGGUAGUGUCAUGUGCAGACUUUGCUCCCGUUGGUUUCAUGCUAAUUGUGUCAAGCUGUCAGAGAAGGAUUUACAGGCGUUAAAGUCCGUGAAAGCAAGUGCUUUUAUAUGUAACUCUUGCGAACAAAAUAUUUGCUCCAGUAGUUUCCUCACAGACAUGUGCAGUUUGGAAAAGAAACUAGAUAAUUUCAUCGCAAAGAACAACAGCGACCAAACAGCCAUCAAAGACGCAUUAGAUGGUAUUAAAUCAGAAAUGACUUCAUGUUUGGGUGGCAUCAGAGCAGACAUUGCUGAAUGUAACAAGAAAAUUGUAUCUGUGGAAACUUCAACAUCGCUUAAAAUUUCAAAGCUGGAAAUAGAAAAUAAUAUGCUGCAUAGACGACUUAAUCGUGGCGAUAUUGUCAUUGGUGGUAUGCCCGUGGGCAUUAACAAUCUGGUGGCCACUGUUAUUUCACUGGGUGCUUUUUAUAAGAUCGACAUCUCCAGGCGCGAUAUAAACCAUGUUUGUUACAUAAGUAACCGCAAGUUAAUACUGCUGAAAUUGAAUAGUGUUAUGAUCCGGGAUUCUAUUAUGAGCGAGUAUUGGAAGACUCGUUCUUUGAGAGUGUGCGAUUUUUUUGUUGGUGAUGGAAGUGAUGUAGAACGCCGUGUGUACCUUAACGAUCACUUUUCACCUGCGGCCAGCAAUUUUAACAUGAUCUGCAAACAAUUACUUCGGAAGCGACUUGUGACGGUUUUCGGCUCCCCAUGUCCUGUUGUUAGCAACAACACUUACAUUAAAUCUAUACUGCGUGGUUGUAACGAUAAAUUAAAAGUGGCCCAUUUGAAUUGCCAAAGUAUGAGACCUAAUGUUUGCUCUUCCAAAUUUGAUGAGCUUAAAUCUAUUUUGUGUGAUUCUAUGCUUGAUCUUGUUGGACUGUCCGAAACUUGGCUGAAGUCAGCCGUUUCUCUACGUUCUGUUAGCGUUCCAGGCUACAUAUUUCAUAGAAAUGAUCGCAAAAGUUCCAGAGGUGGUGGUGUUGCUUCUUCUUUAGUCCAUUCAACGUGUCGUAGAUUGUGCUUGACUGUUUUGCACAAUGCUAAGCCAACUCAUUACGAUGUAGUGCACGGUACAACGAGUCUGAUUGAUUUUAUGCUUUUGAGUUCUAAUUUAAGUAAGUUCACAUCUGGCCAGGUUCAGUGCCCUGCAAUCUCUCGUCAUGUGCUGUUAUUUGGGGUUUUUGACUUUCACUUGAGUAGAACGGAGUCUUUUGUAGAAUACCAUGAUUACAAGAACAUCGAUAUGUCUGGCAUGCUUAGUUAUUUGAUAGAUUUUGAUUUCUCGGAUAUUUUUAGUGCACUGGAUGUCGAUACUAAGUGUUUUCUUAUCUCUUCUCUUUUUGAGGAUCUCUAUUCAUUUGUUCCUGUUGUCAGGAAAAAUGUGAUAUCUGUUGGUAAUGAGUGGAUGAACUCCAGGAAUAUUGUUUUCACCAAAUCAUUAAGAGACUUGGCUUACGCAGAUUAUCAAGUGAAUAGAUCUCCUGAAAAAUGGAGAACUUUUUGCAAAUAUCGAAAUAAGACAAAAUCUCUUAUACGUAAGGAGAGACGAAGAUACUAUUUAGAACGGUUCAAGGGACUGCGUGCAGAUGGUUUGUGGAAAGUUCUUCGCGCAUCUGGCUGCAUAGGUGAUGAUGCAGUUGUGUUUAAUAAUGAUGUUAAUGACGUUAAUACCUUUUUUGUUGAUGGCGUGUCUUCUGAUGCGAGCUCUAUUAUUGAUCUAGAAGCAUUUUCCUUCAAUGAAACUUACGAUUACGAUUCGAAGCAAAGUUUAAUACGUUUUAUGAUGUACUCCCUGUAUGCCUGGGGUGUAUCAGCUCUAUUGACAGCAUUGGUGAUUUGGGCCGAGAUGUCUUACGUUGUCAGUGAGAUCUAUAAGCCAGGUAUUGGCGUUGAUGUCUGUUGGUUGGAUACUAGAAAAUGGUCAGCGGCACUCUACUUUUAUGGACCAAAUACUAUUAUUUUGUCAUUUAGCAUAGUUACCUUUGGUUAUUUGGCCUCACGAAUGUGCAAAAAGCGUUGUGAUACUGUUAUAAUAGCGCAAAGACAAAAUUUCUUUCAAGAAAAUGCUGUUGUUCUUCUUCGUCUCUUCCUAAUUAUGGGCAUAUCUUGGUCUAUGGAUAUUUUGUCGUAUUGUUUUCGUAACUAUCCUGAGUCGGAUUUUAUUUUCCUUUUAACAGAUUUCUGCAAUGCCAUUCAAGGUGUUCUAAUUUUUCUACUCUUUGUGAUCCAACGUAAAGUACUGCUGUUACUCAAGGACAAAUUCCGUAGAAAAUCUAUAACCGACGAAGCAACAAUGCGUUAUCAGAGCCAAGCAUCAAUGACCACAAAUUUGUGCCCAAAUAGAAUAAAAUUUCUAAUGCUGAUACCGAUUGUCGUACAAGUCUGCCUCCUAGUAAUGGUUUCGGGGGAAACAUUAAGCAAUGCCAGGCCUAAGUGUUUCUAUAAUGAGACGGUUGAUCUUCGGAAUUAUGAAAGUUUGUCCAAUGGCUCGUAUCUUUAUCGUGAUAUUUUAAUAGAACCCGAAAAAUUAGCCUUUUAUGAAUAUCGCAUAAAGUUUCUUGGUAGACGGGUCAAAGCUGAGCGCCAUUUGAGAGGCUGUAUUUGUGAUACAAGCAAACGUAGGUAUUGUAUUAAUUUGUGUUGUGAAGUGGGUGAGACCUACAACAAGACUUCAACGCGAUGUGAGCCUAUGCCGGUGUUAUCUUCUUGGCCAAUGCAGAUACCAAUGGUUUUGAUGAACGGCACAAAGGUGAAUGUUGCUCUUCUUGAUCAUUUUGUCUACAAAGUCGACUUGCCAUGCAAGAAACCUGAAUGGCUUCUAAUUGAGAAUGAACCAUGGGAAUUGAAUGAGGCAUGGCCGUCAGUCGUUUGUCAUCAUUCACUCGAUACUUACUUAAGCAGUUUAUUUCCAAUUUCGACAGCUAUGCUGUUGGAACCAAUUCUCCAUCUCUGGCUUUUAGUGUUGAUUGUUGUGGUGGGGGCCAACAACGAUACUGUGCCCAAAUGUUUAUACAAUGAGACGGCUGAUCUGCGAAAUUAUCCAAGACUAGAGAAUGGGUCGUUUCUUUAUCGUGACAUUGUGAUAAACCCCGACAAAUUGGACUUCUACGAUCAUCGCAUAAUUUUUCGCGAGGAAGUGGAAGAUGCUGAGCUUCAUGUUAGGGGCUGCAUUUGUGAUGCCAGCAAAGGCAGGUAUUGUGUAAAUCUAUGCUGUGAAGUGGGACAGACCUUCAAUCAAACAUCGUCCAAAUGUGAAUCCAUGAAGGAAAAUCACAAAAUGCCAACUAACAUACCGAUCCGUAAGAAAAAUGGCCAACAAGUGGAAGUGAAUCUAUUUAAGCAUUUUAUUUAUAAAGUCGAUCUGCCCUGUCAAAAACCAGAGACUCUACUCAUGGAGGAUGAUCCAUGGUAUUUGAAUGAGGAUGGCAUUCUACAAAUCCUUGAAAAAAGUGAUGCCGUUAUCGAUGAUUAUGCUGAUCUUGGAACGGUCAGUUAUUGUAUUACACCAUAUUUGCCUAACAGCACCAAGAAUUAUGUUUUGGCCCCGAUGAGUUGUCCUAUUAAGAAUGAGAAAACCUUUUUAAUGACCCUGAAUACCUACAGCAUGACAGUUUCUGUGAUAUUCCUAAUUCCAACGAUUAUUAUCUAUAUACUGCUGAAAAGUCUACGUUCGAGCAUAAGUGGUCGCAUGCAGAUUUGCUAUUUGACAUCAAUGCUCGUGGCUUAUUCGGUUAUCAGUAUUAUAAACACCGUGCAAACCAGAUGGGGCACCAUUAUGUGCAACAUAUAUGGAUAUGGCGGCUAUUUCUUUUUCAUGUCUAUGUAUUUGUGGUUGAGUAUCCUGUGCUAUGAUAUGUGGAAUAACUUCAAGGAAUUCAAUUUGGAUUAUAAUGCAAACCAAGGAAACUCGAUUCGUUUUUUUGUUUAUUCUCUUUAUGCCUGGGGUAUGGCUGGUCUGCUCACAGCAUUUACGAUGUGGGCCCAGAGGUCCGACAAAAUUCCGCCAAAAUAUAAACCAGGAAUAGGCAUUGAUAUGUGCUGGAUAGACACUAGAAGAUGGUCGGCUGCCAUAUAUUUUUACAUUCCCAAUUUGUUGAUAAUGAUUUUCAAUAUUUCAACAUUUAUACACUUGACCUUGCUAAUCUAUAAUGUGAAGAAAAAUGUAGCUUCAUUGACAUCGAGAGAGAAACUUGUGCAGGAAAAUAUUGUUGUGAUAAUGCGUUUAUUUCUCAUCAUGGGUAUAUCUUGGAUAACAGAUAUCAUCUCGUAUUGCUUGCGCGACUUUACCGUGGCAGAUUAUCUAUUUGCUGUUACCGACUUGUGCAAUGCCUCCCAGGGCGUCUUGAUAUUUUUCCUAUUCAUUGUGCGACGAAAAGUAAUCGAUUUAGUUAAAGCCAGAUUUGGAAUGAAGAAUUCAUCGGGUAGAUCGAAUAAGAGUGCUUUUACAAUGACAACACAAUUCUCGAAACUUUCAUCAAUUACUGUACCACCAACGCCGACCAUAACGCCCAUAUCCCCAAAGUUGGUUUCUGAACCCCGAGAUUAGCCUCAGCGUGAAAAAUGUUUGACCAAGAGAUUAGACUCAGCGUGAAAAAGGUUUGACCAAGAUUUGGUUAACUUUAAGAUGUGAAGUAAAAAAUCACAUCCGUUAUUGAUGCUUUUUAAGAAACGGAACUUUAACUUUAUAUAAAUGUCUGUUUGUGUAUAUCCCUCAUUUUUAAAGAUUAAACAAUAAAUUGCUGUUUCAAAAUAAUAAA